AGACAAUUUCGCAUGUAAGUGCUGGAUCAAUUUACAUAAAACUACGUCAUCCACUGCCUCAUAUGGUCAUUUAUCCUAUUUCAGGAAUAUAGUUUAAGGUUGAGAGUAAUAAUUAGAAUGAUUUUGGAAAUGCUGUCCUAUGUUUAGUUUCUGUUGUUCAACGUUGAACGGCAGUCUCUGCACGCAUUGUGCUUGAAAGCAGCAGACCUAAUUGGUUUCUCAUUGAGAUAUAACCAUUAGUCAGUCCACCACGCUUGGGACUGAGGAAAAGCAGCACUCAGCAUUCCCUGUCGCCGUUACUCAACUGUCAUCCCUACAGUGAGCUGAACCGUUUGGACGAUUUGAUCUCCAUAUUGCUACCUCCGAAUUUUUGGAGUUUAAGUAGCGUAUCGCAUUGGAUCCUAAUUCAUCUUUUGUUCCCGCCUGGAGAAAGUUUGUUCAGGUUCCAACAUGAGUGAUUUAGAAGAAGACUUCAAAAAUAUUAUUUUGAUAAAAGAGGAGAGAAUUAAGGACAUGGAGAUGCGUCUCGCCGAAAAGGAAGAAGAGAUCCACGAAUUAAAACGAAAACUGCACAAAUGUCAAUCCGUUCUGCCCAGCGCGCAGAUAAUUGGACCUAGAACCAGGCGCGCCCAAGGCAUCUCGGCGGAACCGCAAGCUUACCGAACCUUCCAGGAGUUAAACAGUGAAGCAUUUCGGAAACAUUCCAAGUCUGACAGGUCCAAGGACUUAAUCAAGGAGGCCAUUCUUGACAACGACUUCAUGAAGAACCUUGAGCUUUCUCAGAUCCAAGAGAUCGUUGACUGUAUGUACCCAGUUGAAUAUGCCACAGACAGCUGCAUCAUCAAAGAAGGGGAUGUGGGCUCAUUGGUGUAUGUGAUGGAAGAUGGGAAGGUGGAGGUGACCAAGGAGAGCAUGAAGCUGUGCACCAUGGGACCUGGGAAGGUGUUUGGAGAGCUGGCCAUCCUUUACAACUGCACCAGGACGGCCACCGUCAAGACCCUCACUAAUGUGAAGUUAUGGGCCAUCGACCGCCAGUGUUUCCAGACCAUUAUGAUGAGGACAGGCCUCAUCAAACAUGCCGAAUAUAUGGAGUUUCUAAAGAGUGUUCCAACAUUCCAAGGCCUUUCAGAAGAAAUACUAAGCAAGCUUGCUGACGUGAUGGAAGAGACGCACUACGGGGACGGGGAGUUCAUCAUCAGACAGGGAGCCAGAGGGGACACCUUCUUCAUCAUCAGCAAGGGAAAGGUGAACGUCACCAGGGAGGAUUCUUCAAAUGACAUGCCUGUGUACCUGCGAGGCCUGGGCAAAGGAGACUGGUUUGGGGAGAAAGCCCUGCAGGGCGAGGACAUCAGGACGGCUAAUGUGAUCGCUGCUGAAGCUGUCACCUGCCUGGUCAUUGACAGAGAUUCAUUUAAGCACUUGAUCGGGGGCCUCGAGGACGUCUCAAACAAAGGUUAUGAGGAUGCAGGGGCCAAAGCCAAAUACGAAGCGGAGAACGCCUUCUUCUGUAACCUGAAGCUGGUGGACUUCAACAUCAUUGACACGUUGGGAGUCGGAGGUUUCGGACGCGUGGAGCUGGUAGGAUGUUUAAAUAAAGUGCAGCUCAAAAGUGAUGAGAUCAAAACGUUUGCGAUGAAGAUCCUGAAGAAGAGGCACAUCGUGGACACGCGGCAACAGGAGCACAUCCGCUCUGAGAAGCAGAUCAUGCAGGAGGCUCACUCGGACUUCAUUGUCAGGCUAUAUAGGACAUUCAAAGAUGCCAAGUAUCUCUACAUGUUGAUGGAGGCUUGCCUUGGGGGAGAGCUCUGGACCAUACUUAGGGACAGAGGUUCAUUUGAAGACUCGACCACACGGUUCUACACAGCCUGUGUGGUGGAGGCCUUCGCUUACCUGCAUUCCAAAGGGAUCAUCUACAGAGAUCUCAAACCAGAGAACCUCAUCCUGGAUCACAGAGGCUAUGCCAAGCUGGUGGACUUUGGCUUUGCCAAGAAGAUUGGGUUUGGGAAGAAGACAUGGACUUUCUGCGGGACCCCGGAGUACGUGGCACCUGAGAUCAUCCUGAACAAGGGGCACGACAUCUCCGCUGACUACUGGUCGUUGGGGAUCCUCAUGUACGAACUCCUGACUGGAAGCCCGCCAUUUUCAGGGCCAGAUCCAAUGAAGACAUAUAAUAUUAUCCUGAGAGGAAUCGACAUGAUUGAAUUUCCAAAGAAGAUCACCAAAAAUGCUGCCAAUUUGAUAAAGAAACUAUGCAGGGACAAUCCUUCGGAAAGACUUGGAAACUUGAAAAAUGGAGUCAAAGAUAUCCAAAAGCACAAAUGGUUUGAAGGCUUUAACUGGGAGGGGUUGAGGAAAGGAACCCUGACUCCUCCAAUCAUCCCUGAUCUCUCGUCGUCAACUGACACAAGCAACUUUGACAGUUUCCCAGAGGACAACGAUGACCCUCCUCCAGAUGACAUGUCUGGCUGGGACACAGAUUUUUAAAUCCAUGUGUAGUAGCCUCUCUGGCCACUCCCCCUUUCCUGGGGAAGCCCUUCAAGGGUUUGGCUGCAGAGCACAGAUAGACAGACAGACAGUUGAUGAUGCUGUGAACCGACAGUGACAGUGAAGGGGGCAGUCGUACCGCUCUGGGUCACCGAGAUGCCUUCACCGAUGUUGCUCCACUCUCCUCUGAGGUGACAUUGGGACUAAUGGUCUAGCUGACAGAAGUCCCCUUCAGUCUCCCAACAUCACCAUCAACCAUGGAUCGCCUCAUGGAGAGUUUUUUAUUUUUUUUGUCACAUAUUUGUAUAUUUAGGUUUAUGUUGUGGCUGUUAGCACUUACCAGUGUUUUCAGUGAUUACUUGUGAUACUGAGUCGAGUGGGACUGAGAGGGAGAUUCCAGCUGUCUGUUGUAGCGUCUUCAGGACCACGAUUCCAACAGGGGGGUUGACACUCUUCUAAACGCUUGUCAUCAAUAAUCGAAAUGUUAUUUUUUACAAGUUCCUUUGUAUCAUAUUACACUCAUGAUUACAGCACAUAAAGAUUAUAUAUUGUAUAUAAUGCGUACUGUAUUCCAUUCAAAAACACACACAAGCAUACACACAAUUGAACACGUGUAAUUACACCGUUUAUAGCAAAGUUGUUUGAUUGAUAAAACUAUUUUGCCAAAUUGAAUUGCAAGGACAUAUUUGACUUUCAAUGUAUUACCAUUUAGUUAUUUAUUAAGUAAAGGGAUGAUCGAGCCAUCGAGUGGGGCCACUAGAGGGCAAACUGGUACUGAUACAAAAACAGGCUUACCAGAGGGACACAGGAGAUGAUGUCAAACACUGGGAAUUUUGGGCGAUAGAAAGUGGACUUUGAUACAUGACAAAAUACAGUCCGUCUGUCAUAUAGAGAUUAUUCUACAAUUCACAUUGUUCAUUUCCCAUCAACAUGGACCUUACAGAAUGAUCAUUUCUAAAUGACUGCCAUUCUACAGGCCUCAAAUACAUUAUCAUAAUUUCAAAUGUUUAUACUAACUUUGAAAACACUAUGAAUAUUAUUUAUUGUAGGACCAGAAGUAAAUAUUUGUGUACAUAAAUAUGUAGUGCUGAUAUUUUUGUGAUAUGUAUAUGAGUAGGAUAUACUUAUGAAAAUCAUUAUUUAAUUUGAAUAUUUGUGUUUGAAUGUUUUGUCAAAUGAAAUAUCGUGACAUAUUUCCUCAAGCUUGAAUUAUCUUUUCAUCUUAUCGCCAUCAUCCACUGAAUGACUGUGAAGUCGCUCACCCCAGUACUGAGCAUCAUUACAUGGCUUUUUGGCAUUAUUGAAAGUGCCUUAACUCGAUGGCAUCCAAAAUAUAUCUUCAAUAUUUGUUUUAAUGCUGCAUGACCAGGUCAGACAACGUAAACUGUCGUCGUUAUUUGGCUCGUUGCUUUUUUAUAGUCCAGCUAUUUGUAUGCCUUUUUUCUUACAAUAAAAUUUUACUUUCAAUCAA